AUGGCAUAAUAUGGCACAUCGGACUAUACCGUUAACACUACGACAUCGUUAUUAUGAACACACACACUCGACCAAUUUGAACGUGUUAACUGCAUACUGAUAUACGAUGGUUUGCGUCGUUGCGUUACGAAAGUCGAUAAUAAAUUGGACCAGUAAUAUCGAAUUAAAUUGGCAAUCGUUUUAUUACACGUACGAACGUUGAAGUAAUAAUCUUAGUUAGAGUCCGCUGGACGGAGGGUCGUUAUUUUAUGCACGCUUUUGAUUGUGCCUGCUUGAUCGAUCGUGAUGGAAAAAAAUAAAUCAAAAGAAGACACGAAGUCCGUGUGUCUCAAAAGUACUCGACCGGUACAUUUGGAUAAAGAUAUCAAAAGUUUCGAAAUAGCAAGUUCCAAAUUGUUGAUAACCAAACCAGUAAAUUUGGACGAAGCUAUUGAAAUUGUCGGGUUUGGGAGUUUUCAUUAUUACAUAUUAUUCAUUUGCGGAUCGCUUUUCGCAGCAAUCUCUAUUAGCGUGACGUCUGUGUCUUUCAUUAUACCGUCAGCACAAUGUGAUUUCCAAAUGACAUCCGUACACAAAGGAGUCCUCAAUGGAGCAUCGAUGAUAGGAAUGUUCUUCGGAUGUUUUAUUUCGGGUUACAUGGCGGAUUCCAAAGGCAGAAAGUAUACAUUGGUCGUCUGCAUGAUGAUCGAUGGUAUCUUCAACCUCAUAUCUAGCGUGUCUCAGAUUUAUCCAGUAUUAAUAUUCUGCAAGUUAAUGAGUGGAUUUGGGGUGUCUGGUGUUACUGUGUUCUAUUCAUACUUAGGAGAGUUCGUGAACAGCAAAAAUCGCGAAAAGUUUCUUUGUUGGAUGGAAUUGUUCUGGACAUUUGGUGUGAUAUUACUUCCAUGCAUUGCAUGGAUAGUUAUACCACAAACAUUUAGAAUCGAAUACGGUUUCUUUUUGUUCAGAUCAUGGAAUUUAUUUGCAGUUAUUUGUUCUCUUCCGAGCAUAAUAUUUUCAUGUUUGUUGGUUAAAUUGCCGGAAAGUCCAAAGUUCUUACUCGCCAAGGGUAAACACGACGAGACCGUGGAUUGCUUGAAAUUCGUUUAUAGAUGGAAUAAUAAGACUGACGAUGAAUUUCCGGUGACUUCAUUAACGUUACCAGAUUGUUGUGUUAAUGAACAGAAUAAUAGCUUUUUUAAUGGACUCUACAAGAGCAUUCUGGAGCUGUUUACGUCUAAAUUCAAAGUUGUAGCUAUGAAUACAUGUAUGAUACAAUUUUGUUGCACUGCCAGCUUUUACAUGAUGGUUUUGUGGUUCCCAGAGCUGAUGAAUAGAUUUCGAUGGUAUGAAACAUUAUAUUCAGGUCCCAAAAACAUGACGAAUAUGUGCGAAAUUGUAUCACUGUUUAAAAUUGAACCGGAAGAGAUAGAUCUCAAAUGCAAUGAUGAAAUCGAUCAAUCUGUUUACGAGAACAUUCUCAUAAUCGGCAUAGCUUGUAUACCUACAAGUAUUAUUGUGCCGCUGUUAGUAAACAGAUUCGGAAUAAAAUUUUUUUUAGUGUUAAGUUUUUUCGGGUCAGGUUUGUCUGCUGCUUGCUUGUAUUUCAUUACGUCUUCAUUCGAGAAUAUCGUGUUAUCUUCCGUAUUUGAAGCUCUUUCCAGCAUGGGUAUAGGUUUAAUAUUUUGUAUUAGUGUUGAACUAUUUCCAACAGAAUAUAGGGGCGUCGCUGUAUCUAUUGGUUCUAUGUUUGGCAAAAUUGGUGCAGUUAUUGGCAACAUCGUAGUUGGUGUAUUUAUAGAUGCACAUUGUAUGGUUCCUAUUUUAGUAUCGUGCUCUUUUUUGAUAAUUUCAGGGUUAUUAGUAUUAACAUUACCAAAAACUGGAAGAACCGCCAUGAAAUGAUAGUAUAAUAUUAAAAGAGAGAACUUUGAUCUUGUAUCAUUAAACAAUUAUUAUAUACUGUUUUUUUUACAAUUUUAAAUACAUUUAUUAAUUUAUUUUUCUUCGUAAAAAAAUGAAUAUCUUCAUAAUGUAUUAUGUAAGGAAAUAAAUAUUUAUUAAAAUUGAUGAACAAUUAAAGAUUUGUGUCUAGUAGUCGAGGUACUUUCUGAAAAUGAAUUCAAAACUAAAUUUUCUUGUAAUAUUUUUUGAAUGUUUGUUGUUUUUUACCUUUUAUUAAAUAUAUCAGUAUUUUCAUGUGCAUGGAAUUACGUAACUCGUUAUAAACAUAGUAAUGGAGUUACUUUCAUUAUGUUACUACCCAACACUAGUAAUACUAUAUUAUGUUUUUGUGUUAUAAUUGUGUGAUGUGAUAAUUUUCUAUUAAAUAUUAUAAUAAUACAGCGCUGUUUAGAGAAGUUUCAUUUUUAUGGAAAUAUGAAUAAGCAAUAAAACAAUUAAAAUGCUCGAAAAUACUGGUGCUCGGAGAAUAUUCUUUAAAGAUCUUACAAAACUUCUUGCAGACUAUUUGGUACUAUCGGGUUUAAACUGCUUCUUUGGUUACUUCUUUUUAUCGAAUCUUCGGAUGGUAAUUUAAUUAAUAUGUCUUUUGGUUCAUUUUGUGCGGCUUGAGCAAACAUUUGUCCUGGAUUGUUACAAGUCUGAAGUCAAUAUUCCUUAAUAAUUUGUUUGAUUUUCAUGGUUCCUAUUGAACCAUUAUUAGCAGCAUGAUAAUGUUCUUGUUCAAUAAUAAAGUACUUUGAUUUUCAUAAUUUUAAAAUCGGUAAUUAUUAUUGCUGCACAUUGCAAUGAUGAUUUUUUUUAACAUUUCCAUCAAAUGAUACUUUGGAAAUUCUAGUAUAUAGUAUAAGUAUUCCCAUGUAGUCCAAUUUUAUCAUUUAUGCAUUAUUUACUUAUGAAAAAUACUAGACCAAUGUCUAAUACCCAUGCUGGAAAGAGCUUGAAAUACGGAAGAUAACUCGAUAUUCUCGAAUGAAGACGAAAUUAAGUACAAGCAUGCUGCGGACAAACCUGACCCGAAAAAACUUAACACUAAAUAAAAACAUAUUAAAAUAGUUUAAAAUAUAUAACAUAUAUUAAAUCGACAUGUAUAACGUUUAUUGAAAAUAUAUUCAAACCUAAAAAAAAUUUAAUUUCAAAUCUGUUAAUUUAUAACGGCACAAUAAUACUUGUAGAGUUGUAGGUAUAUACAAGCAAUAUCAAUGAUGAGAAUGUUCUCGUAAACCGAUUGGAUUGAUUUCAUCACUGUAUUUGAGAUAUAUACUGUAUUUAAAUUAUAAUGGAUAUUAACAUUACCAAAAUCUGCAAGGAAUGCCAUAAAAUUAAAAUAUAAUAUUAGAAG